GAAAAUUAUGUUUACUUCCGGGUCGUCUCCGAUAGCAACAAAACUGAGCCAAAGCCACCGAUCUGUACAAGAACAAGACGGGGUGCAUUCGAAAUAUGGCAGGAGAGGCGGAGGACGAAAUACCUGAAUCUGGAGCCGUCUUCACCUUUGGUAAAAGCAAGUUUGCCGAUAAUGUACCCAGCAAAUUCUGGCUGAAAAAUGACACACCCCAGCGGAUCUCAUGUGGGGAUGAACAUACAGCGUUGAUAACAGACAAUGGCAAGCUGUAUAUGUUUGGCAGUAAUAACUGGGGCCAGCUUGGCCUGGGAACAAAGACCACAGUGAACAAGCCCACUUGUGUGAAAGCCUUGAAGUCUGAGAAGGUGAAGCUUGCUGCUUGUGGGAGAAAUCACACGAUAGUGUACACAUCUCAGGGGAACGUGUACACAACUGGGGGCAACAGCGAGGGUCAGCUGGGCCUUGGAGACUGUGAAGAGAAGACGUCCUUCCACCGGGUGGACUUCUUCAGCAGCCAUGCUCCCAUCAGAAUGCUGGCAGCAGGGUCCAACACCUCCGCGGCUCUCACAGAGGACGGGAGGCUGUACAUGUGGGGCGAUAACACGGAGGGUCAGAUUGGCCUGGGGGCUCAGGCCCACGCCGUGACCCCUCAGGAGGUGGCUGUGGGGAGGCCCGUGUCCUGGGUGUCCUGCGGGUACUACCACUCGGCCCUGGUCACCGCCGACGGGGACUUGUACACGUUCGGGGAGCGCGACAACGGGAAGCUGGGCCUGCCUCCCGAAUUGCUGGACAAGCACAGGGUCCCGCAGAUGGUGCCGGCGAUUCCAGACGGGGUCCUGCAGGUGGCCUGUGGAGGAGGGCACACCGUGGCUCUCACAGAGGACGACGUGUACACGUUUGGGCUGGGCCAGUUCGGGCAGCUGGGCCACGGCACCUUCACCUCCGAGUCCCCCCUGCCCCGAGCGGUGGAGCACUUCCGGAAGGGGCGGGUCAAGCACGCGGCGUGCGGAGAGAACCACACGGCGGUCAUCACAGACAAGGGCCUUCUCUACACGUUCGGGGACGGGAGGCAUGGAAAACUGGGCCUGGGAGAGGAGAAUUUUACCAACCAGUUUGAGCCGACGCUCUGCCCGCGCUUCCUCAGAUACUGCGUGCAGACGGUAGCGUGCGGUGGCUGUCACAUGCUGGUGCUGGCCACGCCCAGGCCCAAGGACACACAGGACGUGUCUCUGGAGGAGGACGAUGUGAUUGACGGCUACCUGGAGAAGUCCCACACGGAGCUCCUGGGGGACAGCCUCGCCUCCAGCACCCUGAACCGGAGCCUGUCCGCACGGGUGCGGCGGAGGGAGAGGGAGCGAUCUCCAGAGCCGUUUGGGCUGAUGUACCGCACCUUGCCCCCUCUCACCUCCGCCAGCCUGAACGCCUCCCUGCCCACACGCAUCCGGACCCUCCCCCCCAGACGCCUCCCCAGAGACCUGCCCGAUGGAAAGAUCCGGAAUGGCAUUCGCCCCUUAAAGGACCCUCUGUCUGCCAAGAACGGAAAGUUGCUUCACGAAAAAGCCACGGAUGAGAAGCCCCCUGUUGGCGAAAACACAGACGACAGUGAGAGCUUGAAAGAGUUCGGGAACAGCACUGACCUGCUUAACAUGACCCAUGUGAUGAAGAUGGACCCCAGGGACAAUACCGUGACCUUCUCACCUGUUCAGAAGGAUAAGGAAAUUGGGCAUACAACACCUGAGGAGAGUGAGGAAAAUGAAGAGGAUGAGGAAGAUGAAGAUGAGGAAGAAGAUGAGGAGGAGGAGGAGGAAGAGGAGGAGGAAGGGGAAGAGGAGAAUGAAGAUGAGGCAGAAACAGAGGACCCUCAGGAUAAGCUGGGAGAGACAAGGACUCAUCCAGUUGAGAACAGUGACCAUUGUCUAGGAACUAAAACCCAGGAAUCUGAAAUCAUAAAAGAAGAAACUGUUGUGGAUGGUGUGCAGAAAGCCUCUGAAGUUGAAGAGAAUAACAGUUCAGGAACAGAAGUAAAGCCAAACUCCAAUAAGAGGUCAGAGAAUGGCACAAAAGAGGUGAAAUCCAGAGGCCUGUUUGGGUCUGGUCGAAAGAUCUCUCUGUUCAAACGGCCGUCGGCGGCAGGGCAGGGCAAGCGGGGGGGCGAGGCCCCGGCCGAGGGCCAGGCCAGGAGCGAGGAGCUGCUGGGGAAGAUCGGCCGCAGUGACGCUCAGCCGCUGCCUAGAGGGCAGCAGAGAGCGCCGGACUCCGGCGGCAGGCAGGGCUCGCACUCUGCCACCUGCACUCUGCUCUGACCCGGGGAGGCCCGUGUUCCACUCAACGUGCCUUGUGGGGACAGAAUCAAACGGAAAGCCGCUUCGUUGGACUGUUAAUGACUACAAUGUUCAUUUUUACAAUCGUGGUGCUGUCUUAACGUUAGAUCACACGCUUCUAAAAUCUGCACAAAAUCACAUCAGUCCUUAAGCUUUUAAGCAGUUGCACAUUAGUGAUUUUCCUGUUAUUGUUCAUGACAGGGAAGACAUUCUGGAAGAUCAUAUAACCCAACCAUAGUUCAUUCAGUGGUGACCGGUACCCAAUCUGAUCCAUUCCCCACAGAAAAACACACUGUUUUAAUGCUUUUGUUACAGUUUUGUUAUGUAUUUGUGUAAACUGUAAAUAUGUACAAUACUCAAGAGCAGUGGUCAUCAUAUUGUGUAGGUUAGUGAUUUUCAAGUGUGUACUGAAUUUUUUAAAUUGUGAAACUUUUCAAGGGAACUGAUUUAUUUAUAAUGGAUUUGAACAAUCUUGAUGCACAAUGGCACUUUAAUAACUUUGUAUUAGAGCCUUUUUCAGGGAGACAUAAUUUGAAUUUUUGCUUUUGUUUUGUGAAGUCCAAAAGUAUUUUUGAUUAAUCAUCUCACUAACUUAUUUAUUCAGUUUGGAUGUGUUUCAAUUUGGUAACAGUAAAAUACUUAUACAUUUGCAUCAUUCUUGUUUUAUUUUAUUCUACUAUUGAACUCAACACACAGUGGGUAAUAUUUCAGAAAAUGUGUAGAAUUUUUUUGUUUCUGCAUUACAAACUGCUUAGUGUAUGCAUUACCACUUCUUCUUUUUCUGUCAAAUUUUCAAAGAAUCAGUCCACCACUCACUUUACCAAAGUAAUUGGAAAACAUAACUCUCCAGUAUUCUGGAUCACUACCUAUUCAAUUUGUUCAAUUAUAAAGUAAUAAAUGAAAGGCACUCUA